AUGAACUUGAAGGAAUCAGAACGCCCCGAGAAAUCCUCCUCAGCGGGCGUGGCAAAUUCCUCGAGGUCAUCCAGUAGCGGCGGACGACGACAGGCUGGCGAGAAUGGCCAAGACCAACAGUUCGAGUACCCAGUCGGCACUCUCUUCAAGAGUCGCGACGCGCCAUCGUUCUUCGGCUCAUCCUACUUCGGGCCUCAUGCUGCUGCCAAGAUUAUCCAGGCUCCUGCCCCUGAUCUGUCGUCUGGUCUGUUGUCCAAGGCUCAAGCGAGCUCGACGCAUUCAUUUCGGGACGAGGGCGGCCCGUUCUCCCGGAUUUGGGAACUACUUGGGCUACUGCCGAGGAAGAAGUCGACAGUAGACAGGUUGACGGAGUGUUUCCUCAACGAACUGAACUGGGCCAUCGACGCCGUCCAGCCGACAUCCUUUAAGUCCAAGUACGAGACCUUUUGGUCUAGAAAAUUUGGCUUCGACGACUUCGCCACCAUCGAUCUCCGAUGGUUAGCCCUGCUGUUUAUCGUCAUGGCAUACGGCGUGUUGGUGGAUUGCCCGAACCCGCGGAACAGGGAGAUGCAGAGGGAAGUCCAUGAAACCUCUCAGCGCUUUUAUUGGGCUGCUCGACGAGCCAUCGUCAUCGCGCCGACUAGAGGAAUCGUCAAGAUCGCUGUACCAACCUCGGUCCAGACGCCGUCGCCGAUCCGGAACGGCAUGGUGACCAACUGCAAGACGUUCCACUUUGUGCAGGACAAUCAGACCUCCGUCACUAUUGCUGUCCUGUAG